CUCUCAUGAUAGUUAGUUUCCAGUUCCGCCAAAUUUUUUUAGGGCAUUUCAGGAAUUGACACUGUCUCCUCUGUCCCCUUCUACUCUCUUCCGAUUAACAAACAAUUUUAUUAACCAUGAUGCAGAUCAGCUCCACCAUACCAGCACCCAACCUCCACAUGUUCCAAACGAGACGCACCAGUUUCCGAUGCCGUGCUUCUCCGUUGAACCCAACAACCUCGUCUUCUCCUCAAUCCAUAAAAUCGGUCUCAGAUUCCACCCGCCUGCACCUCUCUAACCUUGACAAUCUCCUCCAGAAGCAAUCACCAACGACACAGCCCAAACAACAAGAAGAAUUGACCUUAGCCGCUACAAUUCAAAACAACAAAACAACGACAACGGAGAAGAAAGGAAAGAACGUUCUUGAAGGCCUGAACCUGGCCCGUCUCUGGCCGGACAUGAAAGCAACGGAGGAAAUGUCGCCGCGCCACCUCAACCGCCUCCAGCGCCUCCUCUCCAAGACCGACGAGUACUCGCCGCGAAACACCCUCGGCAGCCUGUGGCGGGAGUACCACGGCAGCCACGACUGGAAAGGCAUGCUCGACCCCCUCGACGAGAAUCUCCGCCGGGAGGUCGUCCGCUACGGCGAGUUCGUGCAGGCCGCCUACCACUCCUUCCACUCCAACCCCGCCAUGUCAGCGGAGGAGCCGCCACUCCCCCGCCACAUGGUCUUACCCGACAGAUCUUACAGGAUCACAAAGUCUCUAUAUGCCACGUCAUCGAUCGGGUUACCCAAAUGGGUUGAUGACGUGGCACCGGAUCUGGGGUGGAUGAGCCAGCGCUCCAGCUGGGUUGGGUACGUGGCAGUCUGCGACGACAGAAGAGAGAUUGUGCGUUUGGGGAGGAGGGACAUUGUGAUCUCUCUUCGUGGAACCGCCACGUGUCUGGAAUGGGUCGAAAACAUGCGGGCUCAGUUGAUAAACAUAGAUAGUAGUAGUAGUAGUAGAGGAAAGCCCAAAGUGGAGUGUGGGUUUUUGAGCCUGUACAAAACCCGAGGGAGCCACGUGCCUAGUUUGAAAGAAUCGGUAAUUGAAGAAGUGAAGAGACUCAUGAAACUCUACCAAGGGGAAACACUAAGCAUUACAAUCACGGGACAUAGCUUAGGUGCGGCACUCGCCCUACUAGUGGCGGAUGAUGUCAGCAUGUGCAGCACUGACGUCCCGCCCGUGGCUGUUUUUUCGUUUGGUGGGCCCAGAGUAGGUAACCGGGCCUUCGGAGACAAGCUUGCGGCCCAAAAUGUGAAAGUGCUGAGAAUCGUGAACUCGCAGGACGUGAUAACUAAGGUUCCUGGAAUGUUGGUGAGUGAGGAGGUAGAGAAGAAACUUAGAAACUCCAAGCUUGGUGCUGGUGUACUUGACAUUUUCGAUGAGUACUCCCACACUGGAACGGAGCUCCGCGUGGACACGAAGAUGUCGCCAUUUUUGAAACCUGAUGCUGACAUGGCAUGUUGUCAUGACUUGGAGGCUUACUUGCACCUUGUGGAUGGGUUUUUGGCUUCAAAUUGUCCCUUCAGGGCCAACGCCAAACGAAGCUUGGCUAGGUUAAUGCAGGACCAGGGUGCCAAUGUUAAGAAGUUGUAUACUAGCAAGGCAAAGGCUUUGAGUCUCAAUCUUCAAAGACAGGCUUCCUUCUCUAUCUCUGGUUGUUUGCCUAGUCCUUCCUAAAAUUAAUUAAAUGUGAAUACAAUUAAUACAAAAACUUUGUGUUGUGUCUA